GGAAGGAAGGCAAGCUAGCCCCACUUUUCCUUCCACAGGUGUAUUGACAAGAAUCCAGCAAUGGAAAAGUGGUCAGUUGACCAGGUCUGCAUGUGGUUGGUGGAGAAGAACUUGGGUGAGCUAGUCCCCAGGUUUCAAGAAGAAGAAGUCAGUGGGGCUGCACUCCUGGCACUUAACGACCGGAUGGUACAACAACUGGUGAAGAAAAUUGGACACCAGGCUGUUCUGAUGGACUUCAUUAAAAAAUACAAGGAAAGCAAUCAAGGGCCGAAGCCCAUUGGAGGCCCCAGAGGGAUGUCCCUGCUGACCCUGGCCCAAGCGGUCCCUGAGCAUGGACAAAAUUCCAGUCACAGCAGCUACGGGGACCAGACGUCUUUGCAUCCAGCGAAGAACGUUGAUAAUAGACUCAUUGACCCGAGAGUGCUGAAGCAGAGACGAAAUGAAAAGCAUGCUCUAGCAAGGCACAAAGCAUUACAAUGGACUAAGUCUUACGUCUUACCGGAGUUUCCCUAUGAUGUCAAGUGCAUGCUGGCAGAGCACAAGAGUCCUGAUCACAGCAUGAGGAUCAGGAUCAUCGAAUUUCUGCAGGCUGAUGUGACUAAGUACCUGGGGGGCUCGCUGUAUCCCACGACCCAGCAGUACAAUGACGUGGUCAAUGCUCUGCUGCAGGCCCACCCUUUCCUGGAUGAGGACGGAUGUGGCUUUUUUUUAUGGAAACGAGCCCUCAAAGACCGCUUUAAAUAUGUUCGAAGACCCAUAGAAGAUGAUGAACAAGUGCUGAGAAAUAAGUGUAAAUUUGGACACCGAAGAGGCCAGACAAGGAAGUCUCUUGCUGACGUAAGAGCGAACGGAAUUAAAAUUGUGCAGAUAAAAGAAGAGCCUGUUUAUUUAGAUUCGUAGGUGGAUGGACAUAUAAACUGGUUCCAGACUAUGAAAACAGACAAGGACUGGAGAGAAACUGACAAGAGGAUGAGCCAGACUUUGGAAAUAAGAAGAAAGAUGAUUGGUGGCCGAACACCUCUCAAGGACAUACUUCAAAUGUUUCCGUUCCUCAAGUGCCCUUACCAGAUGUUCAGAGAAGUCCAAAUUCUUACAAAGACAGAUAUUUAUAAGAACAGGCAUAUUCUGGAAUCCUACUCGGAAAAUAUACUGACUGCCUUUUCAGAGGUGGACAAUCGCACUGCAGUGAGACAAAAGAAAAAACGCUAUACAGACAAAGGUGUGCUGAAGUAUAUGAAGAUGACUGCCACAUGUUUAUUCCACCCGGAUGUUUUUGGGGAUGAUCCCAGCCUUUUUGUCAUUGUGAGUGAGCAGGUGCACGUGUCCACGCCGGCGCUGGAAGUUAAAAACCCUUUCCACAUCGGCGGCGCCUGUGAGUUUUCUUUGUAUCUGGACCAAGAGAAGCUUACGAAGCUGGAUGACUGCGUCACGGCCCUGGCUGCUCUGGUGGCUGCUUUUCGUGUAUUUGGGAUUGAGUGUCCGAGAAGACUGUCCCAAACCCUCAACUUCCUAGAGACGCUGAUCUUUAAUGUACAGAGUCCCCCGUUUCCCUCUUUGAAAGAAAAGGAAAUCAGAUCUCAAGCUCCGAUCACUUAA